GGACACGUUGGAGACCAGAGGAGGGAGAAAUGGCAGAUGGGGAAAGGAUGGGAAUGAAAAGCAAGAGGAUCCUGGUGACCGGAGGCUCAGGGUUGGUUGGUAAAGCCAUUGAGCAGCUGGUGACAGAGGGCGAAGGACAAGCAGACGAGGAGUGGAUCUUCCUGUCUUCAAAGGAUGCGGAUUUAACAAAUGCUGCAGAAACCAGUGCAUUGUUCGCUAAAUACCAGCCCACACAUGUCAUUCACCUGGCAGCCAUGGUGGGUGGACUCUUCCGGAACAUGAAAUACAACCUGGAUUUCUGGAGGAACAAUAUUCACAUGAACGACAAUGUGCUGCAUUCUGCUCACCUGCACGGAGUUACAAAGGUCGUCUCCUGCCUCUCGACCUGCAUCUUCCCAGACAAGACCAGCUAUCCUAUUGAUGAAACAAUGAUCCACAAUGGGCCCCCACACCGUUCAAACUUUGGAUAUUCAUAUGCAAAGCGAAUGAUUGAUGUGCAGAACCGUGCCUACUCUGAGCAACAUAAGCGUAUGUUCACAUCCGUGAUCCCCACCAACGUAUUCGGAAAAUAUGACAAUUUUAAUAUCGAGGACGGUCACGUUCUGCCUGGACUGAUUCACAAGACAUACCUGGCACAGAGAAAUGGCACAGCGCUGGAGGUGUGGGGAUCAGGCAAACCCAAGAGGCAGUUUAUAUACUCUUUGGACUUGGCCCGUCUCUUCCUCUGGGUUUUGAGAGAGUAUGAAGAGAUUGAGCCCAUCAUUCUGUCAGUGGGCGAGGAAGAUGAAGUGUCCAUAAAAGAGGCAGCGGAGAGCAUCGUGACAGCGAUGGGCUUCAAGGGGGAAGUCACUUUUGACACCAGCAAGUCUGAUGGGCAGUACAAGAAGACAGCGAGUAACAGCAAGUUGAGGAAAUACCUGCCAGACUUCAAGUUUACCCCCUUCAGCCAAGCUAUCAAGGAGACCUGUGAUUGGUUUGUGGCCAAUUAUGAGUUGGCAAGGAAGUGAGGAGGUGAAGAGUGAUCAAACGUCAGACCAUGGAGCUGCUGCCACAGUCAACCAUGCACACAAUGAUUAUGGGGUUGGGUUGAAAGUAGAUAUCCUAUCUUGGCUGAGGGUUGGCUGUUAUCAGUCUCACUAAUCAAAAACAAAUCUUUCCCAUUUCCAAUUCAAUGUUUUCCUCCCUCUAAGCUGCUGCUUACCCUGUGAAAGCCAGGGAAUGAUGGUGGAUGUGCAAGUGGUAUUGUAAUUCAGCUCAAUGUGGGAGCAAAUUUUUUUUUGUGAAAUGGGUCACUUUGUUACCAUUUCUAAUUGUCCUUGACUUAAGUAAAUUAUAGAUAUAGAGUUGUGUAGGUGCUAAGCACUGAGCCAUUAUGUUGCCUAUGUAAAGAUGGCAGAUUUCCUUCCUGAGAAAACAUUAGUGAAACAACCUUAUAACAAUUAGUUCCACUAGCUGCUGUGUUGGAAUUCUAACCAGUUUCUCCAAAACAGUAGCUCAGACUUAGGAGCUACCAGGCCAGGGAUGUUUCCACCCUCUCUCCCACUGGUGACACUGUUCUUUUUGUUUUAUCAUAAAAUUGGUCUUUGAAAAUAAUUUGUGUAUUCCCUCUUUAGGAUAUAUUUAUAGAUUACGGAGAUUGCUGCAAAUUAUUUUGGUCAUGGUGACCAACUUUGUUAGCUAUAAUAAACAUGAAUUACACUAAUAGUUACAUAGUCUUAA